AUGGACCCGCAGCUCCUUGUUCACCUCUUCGACACCUUCGGUGCCGAGGGACAGAACGGCCAGCUGCCGUGGGGCAUCUCCGCGAGUGACAACAUUGCACUGGAGGCGCAAGGCGAUGGGAUCCGCUUUGAGUCGAACGGGCGUGAGUGGCGGGUAUUGCAGGUGGGGACAACCGAGGAUGAGAUGAACCUGCCGCCGUAUCGUAGCGAUACUCAGCUACGCGACGCCGCGCGGGUACUGCCGCCGGUCUGCUUUGCGCCGCUUGUGUCGCAGUACACGCGGUUGCUACGCGAUCCACGCUGGGAGGUGCGUCAUGUGCCGCGCAUCAUGGAGGCGAUGCUGAACGAUCGUGUGUUGUUCCACCUCAUGGACACCAGCCCGCUGCUGCCGCUGAGCGACUCACGCGUGAGCGCCAUGACGCGAUGGUGGGGUGUCAUGGCCAAGCCUGUGCUGCGGUACGAGAACAACACGGGUAGGCCGCUCAUGUCCCUCAUUGACAGCUACGGAAGCCUGCCGUUAGCCUCAUCAGAUGCUGUGGAGGGUCAGCAGGGCACCGGGAAGGCGGUAAGUCCGCAUCAGGACGCUGGCAGCCUCGCUGAGCAUCGUUCGUCUGCCCGAGAGGAGCAGAUUGGCGACACCGCCGAUUCUGCUGCUGUGGCAACAGCCACUAGCUCGCGGAUGUCUCUUGAGGAGGUUCGCCAAGGCUACCAUGAUAUCAAGACGGUUCUGACUCUCAUCGCGGCGACGAGUGCGCCCUACAGGUGCUCGCGGCCGCCGAAUGCGUCCGUAUCAGGGUGCACGGCGCGGCUUGUAUUCUGCAAGGACCCGUCCACCAUCUACCUCGGGCUCCUCCUGAAUUCCGCCCUGCGCGGGCUGCCAAGGAAGGUGCUGUGCAGCAUGUCUGUAUUCCGCUUAAUCGCCGAGGGGUGGGGCAGCUCGCCGAGCUUUGGUGAUAUUCUGCGCGCCUGCUGGGAGGAGUACAGCGACGUCGUGCGCGAUAUCCGUGCGCUACUGGGCAUUGCGGACUCCGCAGCGGAGAUACCACUGACCGCCUCCCCGGCUGCCUCUUCCUUGCCCUUCUCCUGUAUGUCGACUAGCACUGGUGCCUCCGCCGCUGCGCCGCCGUGGCAACACCUGCAGCGCCGACAGAUGGCUCGUCGUCGCCAGCUCCCGCCCAUGCGCCUUCCGAGCCAGAGCACCGAUAGUGGCGAGCAGCAAGGUCGCCAUGCGCCACUGCAGCGGCCUGGCGAAAGCCCCGCUGGCGCGUCUUCGUCCGGCGCAGGUGGUGGGUCGUUUCCGGUCGUCUCGUCCUCUUCCGGGAUUCUGCCGCACACAUCGCUGCGGCAGACCCGCACGACCGCUGGCGGCCAUAUGCAGGCCGUCGAGCUGGGCAUACCCAUUCAAAGCGCCACCAGCAGUGGCGGCGCGAGCGAGGUGGCGCGGCAGAGCGCCGGGAACAACACGGGCGAUGUCAGCGGCUUUGUGACAGCGCUGCUGGGCAACGCGUUCAACUCACUCAGCGGUCUGCAGUUGCGCAGGAACCCCGCAAACAGCCUCGGCGCCGGUCGAGGUAGUGCAGAGGCCGCUGGUGCCGGCAGCAGCGAAGGUGAUGCCCAGCUGGGCAACAGCGGCGUCAGCGAGGGCGAGCACUGCAGUGCCCCCUUCAAAACGGAAGACGCCAAUGCGAUUUGCCACGAGAGUAUGCUGGAGUGUGCCCAGACACCGGAGCUGCUGCUCUGGUGGGCACGGUGCCGACUGCUGGCGUAUCAGCUGCUGGACAGCCCGUCUCGCGUGAGUGUCGAGUCGACUGACGCACUCGAGUACUUUCGAGAGGUGUGGGCGUGUACACCGCUGAUACGCGAAAUAUUGGAAGAUGACCAAGAAGCGCUUCUGGUCUCCUCCUCCAGUUCGCCGCCGCUGUCGAUGGACGAGCAAGAUGAGUCGGAGGAGAUGAAGGCGGUGCGCGCAUCGAAGAAGGCGCGACUGGAGGCGCUGCAGGAGCGGGCGCGGCGGAUGUACGCUACCCUAGUCGGCGCUGUGGCGGAUCUUUCGAAGUUUUGGUUUUCGAUCCGUGUGUCUCAGUCCACUGUGAAUGCCGUCGCGUCAGGUGCGCCGGAGACGAACACUGUGUGGAGCAUCAUCAACGCCACGGUGCCGUCACGGCGCCGCUUCCAGCGAGAGGAGUUCUCGACCUAUGCAGAGCACUGGCAGUACGGGCUGCUGGUGGACGACUACGUGACUCAGCCGAUGUGUUUUCGCGUGUCGACGCGAGGGCGGACGAUGGUGACGCAGCUCCUGCACAUCCUCUCCGAGUACCCCACCUUCUAUCCGGCUCUUGUGGCGCGUACGUUGGCCAUGCUGAACCGACGCGAGAUGAUCGUCGCGGAGCUCAACGAGCGCCUCGUCAACGCUGUGGCCCGCUGCCUCCGCUUCUACUUGCCGCCCAUGCCGCCAGCGCUGGCCGUGCCACCGGUGCAGGCCACACCGCCGAGCGUCAGCGCUCACAACACCACUGUAACCGGCACCGCAGAGACGCCUAUGACGCUGCGACUCUCAACGACUACCGCCACAGAGGCACCGAGCGCCAGCGCCGACGAAACUGCUGUUGCGACGCCACUCACGCUCGCGCGAGAGCCACCACCUGGUGCAGCUGCCUCGCAGCGUUCAUGGUCCUCGCCAGAGGACUCUUCGUCUCACUCGUCAUCGUUCGGCAGUGAGAACGCGGAGGACGAAGUGGUCGGAGACGUGGGUACUGGCAGUGGUGGCGACGGUGUGGCUGCUGCUCAGUCGGCCGUUCCACCUUUCACUGGCGGGGGUGACGGUGACACAUCGACGCGUAGCGGCAUCGACUACGAGGCUUUGGUUGCCGCAAGGACUGUUGACGAGACAGACGACGACGACGAGCAGCACGGCGAUGGUGACGGGCGGUGCGUGCGUAACGGAAAGAACGCGACAGGCGCCUCGUUGCGCCGGCGGCUGAGGGAGGAAGAGGCGAAGAUGCCCGUGAUCACGGUGAAGGCGUACGACACUAUUCUGACGUGCCUCGACGUCCUACGCAUGCUCGUGCGCAACGGACACAUCUCUGUGAACCCAAUGAACUUGCUGUUCACGCUGCCUGCCUCCUCCAUCACCUCAGCCCCAGCGUCUACAUCCCCGACUGAUUCGCUGGCCUGCUCGUCCGGCAGUCACAUCCGCACUGGAGACGCCGUGGGCACGGACACGGCAUGCCACUCCCUUGCCGACACCAGCGCGACGACUACAAGCGCCAUGCCGCCUUACGAGGCGUCGCUGCCCAAGUCCCAGUGCGACCUCUACACCCUCCUACACCAACUUGUCUACCAGACGCGCUACGGUCCCCUCUCCAGCGCCGCCCUGCGGCUCUUCUCUGCCUGCGUGCACUACAAUGUGCGUGAUAUGGUUCCCCUCUUCGCCGAGCGUGGACUGCUGAACACAGUGCUGGCAAUCGCGCGUCGGCCUCGCAUCUUUUCGAAAGAUGUAACCACUUCUGCGGCGCCGUUGCGGUUUGCACUAGACAUGGUGGAGGAGAACGGCUUGCCGAACAUUCCGCGACGCGAGCUCGCGCAAGCAACCUCGAUACUCUCAUCGUUCUCAGAGCCGUCGCCGCUGCUCAUCGAACACCCGCCGCCGGAGCUGCUGGAGCGCUACAUCCCUGCCGAGGACGCCUACGUGAACACCGUGGCGGUUCGCCUGGUGCUUCCCGAGUUUGUGGAGGCCAUGACGGUGCACAAAGCGACCCAUUCCGUCUUCUUGAAGCACACCGAGUGGAUCACGGCCGUCACGCAGAGCCUGACUGUGACACCCGCAAUGUCAGCUGUCUCACUGCUCGACAUCGAGGCCCUCUUCGAGGAAUCCGCCGAGGCAUGCGCCGACCACGAGGCAGGUGACACCAAUACAAGUGAGGAUGCCGGCAUGGUGGAGGACAAGGAGAGAUGCCAUCUACCCAGCACCGCCUUUCCGUCGCUGUCCAUUGUAGCGACGUCGGCGGCACGCCAAGUCGACUCUGUGCAGCAGCAGUUGGUGGAUCACCACGCCACGCAGCAGGCGAGGGAGGAUCGGGUACUUCGCUGCCGGAGCAGCACCGCGUACACACGUCUACUGCACGACCUGAAGAGGCCUUGGAGGAGGACUUCCGCACCGUUUCCGGCGCCUGCCGUCGACUCGAGCACCGACAGCACUGACGGCGUUGCCUCUCAGGCUCGUCUUAAUGGGCGGCGGCGGCCAUCGCACCACAUCAGCGGUGUUUCGCACUCGGCCGCACCGAGCGCGUCGAUUGACGUCGUUCUUACGCGCAUGGUCGAGCUCCAUCGUCUGCACCUCAAGCGUGAGGAGGUGGGCUACAAGACCCUGCAAGGUGCCGUGAAGGAGGUCCAGCGGGUGUUGGCGGAGGUUCUGCAGCCGUCAUCUCUCAUCACGGGCCACUUCUGCCCUGCUCUGCGGGCGGAGCUUUCCCUGCUAAGCCAGCGGACGCACGACUUUGCCCAGGCGGUGCGUGCAGGGGCAGUUCACCCGCACCCGCUGUUGCGGAGCGCUGCGGACGGCGAUGAUGCGACGGCGGCAGGGCAGUGUACUAUAGCCGGUGCAACCAGCGGCAGUGGUGUGGGCCCGCGAACUCGUGCCGACUACCUCCACCUCCUCAUCCAGGCCAUCGAGUUAUGCCGCACGCUGAACAACUUUUUCGCCUUUUUCUCUGCCUUGGACUGGGACGGCCACCAGCGGCGCUACCGACUGAGUCGCCGCAGUGCCGAGCAGCAGGCCAGUCAGCAGGAGCUGGCGAUGGUCCUGGAGUCCACCACGCGCGACUUUCAUCUGGCAGUGAACCAGCUGUGGUCGUUGAUGGGUUCCCACGCACCGCUGCAGCGGCACGACACUGACGCCGCGGAGGCGAGUGGUGCAGCCACCACCGCUGCGGGCAAGGAGAGAGAAGCAGUGCAAGAGGAGCACGGUGCCACCAAUGGACGUGGUCAUGCCCUGCUUACUCGCGCCCAUCUAGGCAGCCCGCUGGAUGUGUACGAGCAGGGCACCGCCAACGGAGGUUGUGCGCUGCUGGGCUAUGUCCAGGCCACCAUCGGUCCCUACCUCCACGCCCGGAUCUUCGGCGACUACCUCCGCAGCGCCCCGCCGUCGACGUGGAUGGAGGCAACACUGAAGUCGACGGUCCAGUGCAUCUUGCACUUUUCGUCUCGCGACUUCAUUGCCGCACCGGAGAUAGUGAUGGCCCGUGAAAGCGGCGCCGACAGCAGUGGCGGUGGCGGUGAGGUCACAACCGACGUGGAGGGCUCCAUGUCCAAGGCGAUGCGGCGCCGCUGUUUGAAAGCCAUGAAGCGCGUACUUGAAGGCCGGGGCUUGGAGACGCAUCGGCGCGGGUCUAUCGCCGUGAUGCAGCAGCAUCAAAGCGGGCCGGGGGCGGCUGCAGGGGAGGGCAGGAGCGACGACGUCGAUGUCCGUGGCGGUGCUCAACACGGCGCUGAUGAGGCUGCUGUGGCGGAGCGAGUGUACUACCAUACCUCGGAGUCGCCUUGCAAGGAUGUCAUCUCCUCCGUGCUGCGACCGCUGAGCGUCGGUGAUGGAGCCUUCCUGCGCCAGCUGCUGGAGGCGUGGCGUGUGUCAACGUCAAGCUCGAGCGGCGGCGGCGGUGGCAGCAGCGGUCCCGGCCGCCGCGACAGCGAGGCAACGCCGUGGCGGAGCGUCUUCAGCGAGAUAAUGGAAUUCGUCGUGGAUGCACUCGUGGUGCGGACCCCGUACACGGCCGACGAGGUGACGGGGCUUCUGCGCAGCUUGCAGGUGGGCACCCAGCACAGCAGCAUCUCAACAAACAUCCUCUCCCUAUACGAUCGCAACGCAGAGGCAGGCGCCACCACCUUGCCUGCGGCGCUGCCGGUGGUGAUGGGAGGUCGCGACAGCAGCGAGGUGGAUACCAGCGCCGCUGCUGGCAUGGACGCCAGCGACCGAAUACUUCAGUCGAUGCUGCAGGACGGCCGCAGCCUACUGAAUGAGCCGUCAACCGCGUGGAUGACGGCGGAGGCCUGGGUGCAGGCAACUACGUCGAUGGCUGCUGCCGGCGAUGUGUCCUCGCUAGGCCCCAGCUCAGCUGCAGCGAUGCCACACCAAGUGGAUGGCGGACCGGUGGCGCGCGCAGAGGCAGCGGCUGCAGGUGGCGCCGCUUCGGAAGAGCUGCUGCCGCACUCCGCCUUUUCUUCAAUCGUCGUGCCGUCUGUGUUGGCCGACCCCCACGCAAGAGACAGUGGCAGACGCGGUGGUCGCCGCAGCAGUCUCGGUAGGAUAAGCCACGGCGUCGACUCCGAAGACUCUGCCGGCAGUAGCACAACGCUAUCGUCUUCGCUGCCGACGUCGCCGCCGCCGCUCCCGACGGGCGUUGUAGGAGGUGGCCCGGCCGCUGCGGGAGGGCUGGCCAGACCCGCUGGUGGAGUUGGCAGCGGAGCUGGAGGUGGCACUGCUGCUUCUGCUGCCACUACGGCUCACGCCGGUGCGGCACCGCACCCAACGCCGCUCUUCGUUCCCAUCAACGCAGCCAAGGCCCUGCAGCAGUGGGCGUUUCUCUCCCUCUUCACUGGCCGCCGCGCGGUUGAUCAGCCGACGCGCAACUUUUUCUACUUGUCGCCGUACCGACGCGACGGGCAUGUUCGGCCGGCACUGCCACUGAACGUGACAGGCCUCCUGCGCACCAUUCGGAGCGACAUGCAGGCCGCCUUUGAGAACGCCGUGCGCAGCGCCAGCGCAGAUGUGGGCAGCCUCGACCCCACUCCUCGAGGUAGCGGCAUCGAGGUCGAGCACGCGCGGCAGUCGCACCCAUCGCGGAUGCGAGCGAAGCAGCGCAACUCUCAGAAUUCGGACGACGAAGAGGCCACCAUCAUAGCAGACGUGCAGGGGCGCACGCACAUGUUUCGGCCAACUCCACGCCACGACAAUCGGGCUGGAGCGACGGCGGACAACGGCGGCGGCGGCGGAGGCAGAAACGCCUCAUCCGCUUCCGCACGUGCGCGCACGGCCUGUGAGUGGUUCGACCUAGACCCACGUGUGCUGGCCGUAGUGAGCCUGCCAAGCUGCGUCGACGUGGCGGCGUUUCUGCGCGAGAUUAAUUUCGUCGCAGCCCGCCACGUACUGUGGGAGCUGGCGGUGCUCGGCGCGGUGUGCACGGGCGUCAGUGGGGCGACGCCAGACUGCGAGAGCACACCGCUGCACGACAUGCUCUCCCGUGCAGCGCAGUUUAUGAUUCUCCUCUCGCGCCUCGUCUUUACCGGUGAUGCGGCGUCGGUGAGGCGCACUUCUGCCACAGAUGGAGACAAGUCGCCCACUUCCGCGACGGCGGUAGCGGCUGCAUCGUUCUCUCCGACCGUGGCGGCGCUGAAGGAUCAGCUGCAGCGCUGUCUUGUGUACAUGGCCGUACUUCUCAUGAACUUCCUUGAAAGCUGUGACGCGCGGACACGGGGGAGGCACUGCAACCACGUCGAGUCCCUUCUGUAUUGCGUCCUUGACGUGUGGCCAAAGCUGCCGGGGUUUCCGAUGGUGCCGCACGUGUACGUGGCGGCAAUGGAGGCGGUUGCGCAGCUUAAGCCGGAGACUUUGAGCCGCAUGUCCUUCCAGGCACUGGCGCGUGAGUGGCAGGACGGUACCACAAAAUCAGCGUCCAUGACCACAGCUGCUGCGCUGGCUGCUAGCGCGGACCUCUUCCCCAGUUCGUCAUCACCUCAGCUGAGAGAAAGGGAGGUGUCUACGGCAGACGACAAGGACGAUGACGAGGAGGGCGAGGGCAGCGACAUGCAGCGUAGCAGAGCGGAAGAGGCGCGUACGAUCAUCAUCAACGACGGCACUCAUCGCCUCAACCAAUCACCAUGGGCCCGCGCGGGGCUCCUGCAAAACUCUCGUGUCGGUGCGCCGUCUCCUGGCUCGAGCCCUGUGCAAGAUCGCUUCGGUCAGCAUGUUACGCGCCUGCAGCAGCCACGGCGCUCCCAGCCUGGCGCACCGCUCUCGGUUGUGAAUGAGUGGGGACGUGCGCUGCCGUGGGUGUGCGAUAUCGCUGCUGGUCGAAUUUUUCCCUUGGAUACGCUGAGCGAGGCCGGACAUCGACUCCUGCGCAAGCGCACGUGUCGAGCACUGUGGGGCAUGUGGACGGGCACGAACACGACUGAGCAGCAGUACGUUGUGGCCUACAUGCUUCACCGGGUGCUUUCGAACGUGCGCGAGAACGUUGUACUGCUCGAGUACAUUGGCGUUCUCUUGACGCAGCUGCGCGGCGUCGUUCUCGUGGAGGCCCUUGCGCUGACCCCGCUGCCACGUGCCAUCGUGAAGGCGGUACAACAGGCUAUCGAGGCGAUCACCGCAGAGCAGCAUGCCGAGGAAGCACGUCAGCAGGCUCUUAGUGGUCCCAGCUCUGGUGCUGUUGCGGCAGCGCAGCGCGAGCUCCGCCAGCGCCGUCGUCGCUACUACGCUCGUAUUCAGAUGACGCUGCACGGCCAACUUGUCAGCUUCUUGAGUAUCUUCCAGAACGUCCGCAGCGACGCUCCGUUGGUCGCCGAUCCACUGGCCCGCACCGCUGCGACGCCGCCGCACGUGCAGACGAUGGGGGCGCAGUGCAGUUACUUCGACUCUACGCGCAAUACAUUCUGCUGGAAUGGCCACCAGUGCCACCGUCAGCACGUCGUCCCCGUGAACGGGCAGCGUGGACGGGACGGGGAGGAGCACCGCUUUGGCCUGAACACGUUUGGUCUGGGGACGCAGCGUGCGCUUGACGAGAUGCUCUCGGUGCUGGAGCACCACGGCUUCCCAUGCCCACCUUCAAUGUCAGCCACCACCACUACCGCACGGGGUGCGAGCAGCGCUGCGGGGGCGGGAGCAAAGGAGAGCGCGAUGGGGACGGGGGGGGCGGGGGGGCAGGCUGUGGUGCGGCCACACGGCUUGCCAGAGGCCAGCGCCCCAGUGCAUAGCUCUGGGGCGCAACAUACGCAUCAGCCGUCGCAGCGAGUGGUGCGGGUGCCUUUCUCAGCAGGCACUGCCAACCCCAACGCGGCGCCGAGCCGCCCUCAGACUGCGUACGAAGUGGAGCGACGCACUUGGCAGGAUGAGCGGGUGCGACAGGAUCGGCUUAGCACGAGAAGCUACGCUCCCGCCGGCGCCCACGGCAACGGGGAUGAUGAGGGCAGCAAUGGCAGGCCCGCCAUGCCGUCACCAGCCGCUCUGGCAACAAUGGAGGACAUUGGGCCAGAGAAUUACCAGCGGCUGCUGCGAGACGAGGGUCUGCCAUGGCUACCCCUCUCCGCGCGACCUGCGCCGCCGACGUCGUCGCUGCAGCAGCACCGUGGCAGCCUCAGCGGUCCGCGCGAAUUGGACUACGCUGGUGACGACAUGGAUGAGGAGACGCGGGACGUGCUCAGUCACCUCACCGGCGCCUUUCGCGACAGCCGCCGCGAGAGGUCACCGCUGCGACACCGCCUCCUCAACCCACUCACCGGGGCCGACUUCCGCACGGACUCACUGCGGCGCUCCAUCAUUCCGCACUGCGCCCUGUUCGGCCGCGACGUGUGCGAGGAGGUGGUGCGCAUGACGUUUGAUUUCAUGGCUGCCCGACUGCGCGACGAGGCGGCCGAAAAAGUAGACGCGGAGCUGGAGCGAAAGGAGCAGCAGCAGCAGCAGCAGGGAAGCACCGGUUGUGCCUCAUUCUCUGGCCUCGCUGGAAACAUCCGAUCGCUUGAUAGGGCGCUUUCAGCCUCCCCGCAGUUUCCAUCGUCGCCGGUGGCUUCACCUGUCUCCACCACCACGUUGCCCUUUCCCGGAGUCUUGCCGGCUGCUGUUGCGGUCCCCAUCGCCACGGCGAAGGUGGUGGCGGCGCGGCUCACUCUCCCGCGUGUGGAGGUGGUGGAGUGCGGUGUUGACGAAGUAAUCGUGCACUUCCUGCUGACAUGCUUCUCGACCUACUACACCACGUGCAUGUAUCUCGUCCGUACCCACCGCCCAGCUGGAUCACCUGCCCCGCCUGCGGCCACAUACGUCACUCCUGCUAGGUCGACGGCACUAGCAUCCAGUCGCGAUGCUUCAGUUGAUGCCACCAGCGCCUACACCGACUCGCUUUCGGUUCUGUGUGCGUACAUUACCCACAUCGAUCCCCCGAAUCGCGAGAAGGCGAUGCUCCUGAGCGGGCUACUGCUGACUGACAUGCUGCGCCUUGAGGAGGAUGUGUGGCAGCACAUGGUAACGGUGCUGCGGACCACCGUGCAGAUACACCGUAAGGGGAGGCGGCUGACCGAGAAGGCGUAUGCCGCGCUUUCUGCCCAUCACUUGCGGCUCACGCGUGUGUCAGCGACUACACCUGUAGAGCCGCCCUCUCCCUUGCGCGAAGAGGGCAGGGUGUCGGCAGUUGCAAUACGGAAGAACUUCAGCCAUCGGAAGCCCCGCGCUCAGGUGCCUAUGCCCGUAUCAGCGAAUGACGCAUCGCCAACAACGCCACCAUCACAGCCGGCAGAGUCGGCAGAGCAGGAGGAGCUGUACGCUGACGAUGCUGGUCCAGGAGCAGCGAAAAACGAAGUGUCCGAAGCCGCUGCCAUGCACCGCUACCUCAUCCCCCUUAGCAUCUUCCUUGCCAACCUCGAGCCGUACAUCAUCCGCCACCCUAUCGCCUUCUACCACGCAUUCCGUCGCUACUGCGAGGUGCGGUGGGUGCGCGCGGCGACGGGCGAGAUGCCGGCGGCGUGGUUGGGGGUGUGGGUGCGACCGCGGCCCCCCGCAACAAGUGCUACUACCACCUCCGGAAGUCGUGGCCACAGCCCUCGUGCGACGCGCCGACCCCGCGCUGGUGCAGCGUUGACGCCGUCGCGCGAUUUCGUGGAGCGUGUGCAGUGCUUUGUGCAGCACCUUGCGCGCAAUGUGGAGGCUGGCCAAGGCCGCGCUACGCACGGCGCCAUUCUGCUUGCCGUUGUGGUGCAGUUUCCAGGCGUGUGCGAGGCGCUGCUAUCCCUCGGCUUUGAGAUGCCAGUACCGGCCAGGUAUGCGGCGCUUCUCUCGUCUACUGCCAGCGCGCGUGGGGCCCCUGCCAACUCUGCUGAGGCGUUGGCUACUCCUGCCGCCGUCUCUGGGGAGGGAGAAGGUGAACCUGCUACAUCCGUCAGGAUGAACGGUGACGGCGGCUCCCCGGCGAUGUCGCGGCCGCCACCUGUCAUCGCCGUGCCUCCCUUUCUCGCUCUGGCGCUUUAUUUCUGCUCUGCACUUGGCGAGGCUUGUCGGAGCAGCAGCGGCAGCGGCAGCGGUGGUAACCACAUCGCUGGUAGCGCCGACUUUGCGACCGCCAUUUUCGCGCAUGACCCGACCACCGUAUCUAACGUGGUCGUGCGCACGCUCAGUUGUCUCGUUACGGCGGUGGAGGCGGCAGCCAUGUCAGAGGCACUGGUGGCGCAGGCCUCGUCUCAGGCAGUCAAGGGCGCCGACAGCGUCAAAGCCAUCAAUGACGAUCGAGAGAUCAACGCGGAGGUCGUGACCGCAUCUACACAUGACGGCGUUGCGGCAGUGCCGGGAGCGGCGUCGGGAGUCCCUUCGCUGGUGGAAGACAUCGAGCCAGCUGCCCAGCAGCAGCAGCAGCAGCAGCUCGAGGCGAAAAAUAGGGUGUGCCGCAUAAGGAAGACCCUCACACGCUGCCUGCACGAUGUGCUGUGCUUCUUGUGGCGUGGCAGCCCACAGCCAGCGACGGCGGCUCUGCCAGCUCGUCAGCGGGCCACUCAGCAGCGCAUGGGCCUCAGCAGUGUUGUGCAGGAGGCAUUCCUACGCUUCUUCAACCACCUUGGCCGUCUCGGUCUCCUUGAUCUUCUCUUUCGCAUGUGCUUGCUGCAGUCGUGCGAGCACGGCCGCGACGCAACGUCGCUGUUGCAGCUACUCGCGCAUCAGCUUCUCGCCUCGGGUGAGUUCAAACUGGCGGAGACGCUGUCAUCGUCUCAGAGGCGCUACGCUGCGCAGCAGCAGGACAUGCAACAGCAACAGCAGCAGCAGCAGCAGCAUCGGCCGCCGCGUGGGCUGCCGCGGUCGAGUCUCUGGAUAAGCCAGGGCAGGGGCCCGGCCUCCUUGCGCCGCCCAUACCCUGAUUUAACAGGGCAGGAGCUUCCCAGUACGCUGAACUGGCCUCCAUCUCAGCUGCGUGGUGCGGAGGAUCAGCCCAGCCUACGGCACGCCUUUGACCACUUGGAGGCGCUGCUUGCGCGCGACGCGAUUCACAGCGGCAGUGGCGACACCGUGCGCGUAGCCGACAACGUGCUGGACGUCACCUCGAGCUUUGCAGGGGGGGAGCACGGCAUGGGCGCCGAGGUGCCCGAUACGAGUGCGCUACACACAUUUCUCAGCUUCGAGGAGGAGCCGCAGGAGGGGGACGUGGAGGGCAACGACGACGACAGCGGCGACAACGGCGACGACAGCGACGAUAGUGGCAGAGGAUUCGGCGAGGGUGCGGGACGUGAUGGGGCAGCGGCACAGCCCGCGGCGCCUAAUGGUAUCGACGAGACUGACACGUGGUCACCAAUGCAGCCGGUGAGGCGCGCCGCUGGGGUGCGGUCCGUUCAGAGCAACCACGACAGCGGUGAGGAGGGGGAACCGAACGUGAGCGCACACGGUAGUGUGCAGCGGCGCUCUCUACAGCAGGCUCUGUCGUCGUCACCUCCUAUGGCUGACGCAUCUGUCGUGCGCAUGCCCAUAAGCCCGCAGCUGAAUGCCUCCACCAUGGCGUCGCAACGGACAUCCUUGGUGAUGAGGUCAGGGCGAGAUGAUGUCGUCCGCGGCGGCGUCGGCGAUGAUGACGAGCACCACCAUCGCCGUGCGGUGGCGCUGGCGACGUAUGAGGAGGCUGUCAUACGCUCACUGCGUGCCGAAGAGGCAAUGGGGCGUCACCGGCGACGCUCGCACAACGACGGCCAUGCGGAGGCGGCGGCGGCGGUGGAGGACGACGCGGACUACUCGACCCCCGAGGAGGGCGAUGAGGAGGAGGAGAUCGGCCUUUUCGCCGAUGUCAUGGCCGAUGACGGUGCCGACGUGGAGGAGGACGAGGACGAGGACGACGUGGGGCACCUUCUCCGCAAUCAGCCGGAGAUGACGGGCUUCUUUGUGCCCUCCCCGCUGAAUUCUCCGCGGACCGGCGCGGGUGGCGGUCGACGCCGCAGGGAAGAUGACAACGACGACGACGACAGCGCCGGCGAAGAUCAUGCAGGUGGUGACGGCGACAACGACGAGAACGACGACAGUACCUCCGACGACGAUGCGGAGACGUAUGAGGAAGGCGAAGACGAUAACGACGACGAAGGCGACGCCGCCUUGUACUACGACAACACGGGGCGCUUGCUGUCGGGGAGGGACCACCUCGAGGACGCCCUGCUUGACAUGUAUACGCCGGAGCUGGUUGCCGACGGUGGCGACUCCGGUGCCUUGCGUCAUGGCCUGACACAGCAGACGGCUGGCGGCCUCACGUACCUUAACGACGAUCCGGUUGGGCGCCCCACCGCAGCGGCUACGACGGUGGAGCGGGCGCAGAGUUUUGCAGCGUGCGCCUACCGCGCCAUUGUGCUAUCAGUGCGUCCGCUGGCUGCUCACAACGUGGUGGAAACGGAGACGCCGCCGCUGCCGGCUCUGCGCGCGUCCGAGGAGGAGGCACCGGCGCCGGAGGUGAAUUACCGCAGUCGCGACGGCAACGACGGCAGCGCCAACCCGGCGCACGAGUUGUCGGUGGAGGUUCACCAGCGCAGCGCUGGCGCUGCCGAGGACUUUGGAAGUCCUUUUCCGCAGCUCAAUCCUGCCACAUCGCAUGCCACUACCACCGUGGCACCAACUUCAGGGUGGCUGCCGCCGCAGCGCCGCCCACUGCCGUCCACCAGUUUGCCAUCAACCUUCUCGGCGGCGAUUGGGGUGGAGAACACCCCGAGCGACCAGAUCAUGCGUCGCGGACGCGACUCACGCUCGCCUUUGGAAGUCACCGUGCCAAGCACCACCAUCACUCGGGCUUCCACCGAAAGCGCUUCGCACGAUGCACCGCUUCCCACGACCGCCGCCACGUCGCAGCGACCAGGACACGAGACAGCCAACACAGCAGGCACGGUAAGCGCAGCGGCGCCAGCAGCAGCGGAGGUACAGCCCGACCCCAGCACAACUGGCGAGGGCGACAUGAGUGUGGGUGCUCUUACCGCACGCAUCCUGGCCCUUUUCGCAGCUGGCGACCCAAGCCCCGACAUCACUGUACCGGCAGACCCACUGCCGCCACGAGCUGCCCAAUCGAGUGCAUCAGCUGUGUCUGAGCAGCCGACGAGCGCAACUGCCGCCGCCGCAACUUCCGCUGCGCCGGAGCCGUGGGAGGGCAUUCUCAACCCACAGUUCCUCAUCGAGAUGCCCGAGGACGUCCGCAGCGAGAUCUUGUUCGACAGCAUGAGCCUGCUCCGCGGCGCUGACGAGCGUGAGGUGCAAGGGCAGCGCACCCGUCUGUACCCGGGCUUUCUUAGCGCGAUGCCUGAGGAUGCGCAGCGGCAUGCCGUGGAGGUGGAGGCGCGAUGGGUGCGGGUGACGGGCGCCGACAAUAAUGCCAGCGAGCUGUACCAGACGCUGCUCCUCGUUGAUGCCGAGACACGCCGCGACCUGCUGCUGCAGUGUGACCUGGAGCUUCUGCGCUCCUACCCUGAAGUGCUGCGGGAGGCGACGGAGUUGCGCGCCGAGGUGGAGCGGGCACGCGAGGAGGCUGAGCGGGCCACGCGGCGCGAGCAGGAGCGGCGCCAGCACCAGCGUGAGCAGGCAGAGCAGCAGCAGCAGCAGGCAAACCAGCACCAGUCGCGCUUAUGGAUGCUGGGUGCCUGGGAUAGCACGCGGGACGCAAGGGGCGGCAGCGCAGCAGUCGUUGCAGCCGGUGCCCGCACCAGCUUGCCGGUCCUGCGGGACAUGGAAACGGUUGAGGGUGUCAUGAGAGUCAUGUUUGGGCCGCCCGCUCACCUGUACGAGGUGGUGAAUCAGGAACUCUUCUUGGCACGUAGACUGUACCGAUGCGAGAUGGUGCUACAGGCACUCGAGCUGCCAACGUCUUCGGCCAUAUUGCACUCGAUGAGCGUAUACACCGACAGAGCGGCAGCAUCGGCGGAUGUGGGCGCUUCCGGACUGAUGCUUUCACCGCUGCACGAGGAUGAUGCGGUGCGUGAUGUUAUGGUGUUUAACCACCGGAAUAGCGUGCACCGUGGUGGCAACACCAUCAUGCGCCACGCUCCGCCGCGCGGCGCUCCGAUCGCGGCUGCCAGUACUGCUGCUGCUGCUGCUGCUGCUGCUGGACACUACCACCUCCCGCAGUUUCCCUCAUUGCAGUUGCCAUUAUCCACGGAGUUCAUGGCGUCAGACUCAGCCGUGUCCCCACUGUCACCGUCACCGCAUACGCAGCCUAGCGGCGGUGGUGGCGCCUUUGCCACGGAGCAUUCCGCUUCGGGGCCUCACGCGGCGCCGACGACGCCGUUGACAUCGCUUGCAGCGCUGAGUGAUUCGAUGGUUCCAGUACAGGAAUCACUGUAUCACCCCCUCGCCCUGCCCCUACCUGACGUACCAGAGGACAUUGUUGCUCGUUGCAUCGAGCUGCUGCGAUUGCGGGCAACGGCGCCGCUGGCGCUGCCGUGCAACUUGCUGACAGGCAUCAGCUGCCUGGACCAGGAGCUACAACGCUUCAUGCAGCUGCUCAUGUCCAACACAGGCACAGCGGUCCGAAUCGCCUGCCAGCUGCUGGACUUGAUGGCAGCCACGCCGACGACGACAACGGAGGAUGCGUCCCUCAACGGCGCGGCAGGCCUUGGCAGGUCCGCCCCCGCCACCCCUCGCGCGUCCCCGUCCUCGCCCGCUGCGCCGUUGUCCCGCUUCCCGCGCACGUUGUCGACGAGCGAGCUGGCCGCGAACCGGCAGUUCGUCAAAGACGCCACGACUCUCUUUGUGUCCCUUGUGAAGCAAAAUCAAGCUGCGGUUUCCGCCUUCUUCCUCCUACCUGACAGCACCGUUGACACAGCCACCCUGAAGCCGCUCGACGCACCGUUGGACCCAGCUGAGGAGCGUGCGGUGCAGUAUGGUCUGUGGAACCGGCUGUGGCGAGUCGCGCGGCAGCACGUCCAUGUGCCCAGCUUCGCGCUGGCACUGGACAAGCUGCUGCAGCAACUUCUGCGCUGCCGGCGCUCCAUGACGACCGCCUCGGAGGACAACGAGCUGACCACCGGCGCCGACCCCAACGCCAGCGAGCCGCUCACAGAGACGCUCAUCGCGCACCCGCGGCAUCCGCACCGACUUCGGUGGACGAACAUCCGCCUCCUGUCCAACUACGAAGACGGCGGCUACGUGUGCAAUGUAUGCGGUGUCAACCCGGGCUUCGACUACUGCUUCCACUGCUCCUCCUGCCAGUUUGACCUCUGCGCCAACUGCUCUCGUGAACGCCUGACGCUCGUGGAGACGCAGCAGCGCGCGCGGCGAGCGGCAGCCCUCAUGCUGCAAAGCGUGCCAGAGACGGUGACUUCAAUGAUGCGGCUGCUGCGACACCCGCUGUGCCGGUCCGACAUUGCGAUGGGCGUGGUGCAUCUUAUGUCGUUCGGUCUCCAAGAGUGUGGGGCGCGUGAGGGCGUGAGUAUGCUCUCUGGUGACGCCGCCGGCGGCAUCUCAGGAGUCGUCUCCCCGACGGGCGUGCCAACUUCCCUGCACUCCGCCUCCGCACCGCUGCAGGGCGGCGGUGGCAGUGCGCGUGUCGGCCCUAUUCAGCUCCUGGAACAGGAGCUCGUCGAGCUGGCCGAAGCUAGAGUGCGCGCGUUGAAGAAGGCACGUGACGAGUUCCGCCAGGAGGUGUACGCAAUCUUGCACACCAGGUCCCGCAACAGCGGCCACAGUGCCGGGGUUGGUGUGGCUGCUGUUGCCCCGACGCGGUCGCAGCUGACUGGUGGCACGAGCGUCAAUGGGCUCUCUGGCCGUCACACGUGGCAGCAGCUGAGCAUCCCAGAGGACUACGUCUUUGACACCGACACUGCCAUGGCGCUUCUCGUCAAGCUCGACAUCAAGAACAGCGAGGGGGAUGCCAUCCAGCUGCUUUUCGAGCCGUACGUGGCCACCAUGCGCUCCGAACCGCGCGCCUUCACGAUGCUGUGGCGGGCAAGCCAGGCGUAUCUGCUCGACGUCUCGACCCUGCUGGAGCACGUCGCUCCGAAGGAGGUCCUUCCGCUGCCCUCGUGCGUCUCGUCCAUACUCCAAACCUUCUGCAAGUACCACAUGAGCGAAUCCCGACUGCUCGGCGCCUCUGCGAGCGCACGGGUGCUGACGGACAGUCGCAGCAGCUUAGCCGGUGAGACAGAGCACUUCCUGCACGCCUCAACUAAGCCGUCGUCCGUGUCGGAUCGAGCGGUGCGCGAGUUGGCAGAGCACCCGGAAGCCGCUCAUUGGAUGACGGCUGCCGGCACGCGUUUGUCUGAAGAAGGUCCGAAGAGCGCCGAGGAGCUGCAGCACCGUCGGCUGCCGCGCGUGGUGCGGAUGGUCUUGGAGGAGAACCGCACGACUCUAAACACGCUCUUCCACUGGGAUGGAAAUCUCCUCAAAGACAGCUUUGCGUUUCUCAAGUACGAGCCAAACCUGAUCGACUUCAACUUCAAGCUGACGGACUUUCGGCGGCGGCUGGGCCUACGGCGUGGACCGAACAUUCUGCUUCGCGUGAACCGCCAGACGUGCCUGCUCGAUAGCUUCAAGGAGCUGCAGAAGGUGAAGUCCUUUGGCGGCCAGCUGCACAUCCGCUUCCAUGGCGAGGAGGGCGCCGACGCUGGCGGGCUGACACGGGAGUGGCUGCAGCUCCUCUCCGAAUCCAUAGUCGACGAGAGCUACGCACUCUUUAUCCACUCGCAGGAUGGCAUGUCCUUCCAGCCAAACCCCUUCUCCAGCGUCAACCCCAACCACCUCGAGUACUUCCAGUUUGCGGGGGUCGUGACGGGGCUGGCGAUCGCCCACAACGUCCCCAUCGAUAUCCACUUCACGCGCGCUUUCUACCGGCACAUCAUUGGUCACCGCCCUGUCUUCUCCGACCUGCAGAGCUUUGAUCCGGAGCUGUACACGAACCUCAACUGGAUCAUGGAGAACGACGUCACGGACCUUGGCUUGACCUUCGCCGUCAACUACGACCGCUUCGGCUCGGUGGAGGAGGAGGCGUUGGAGCCGAACGGAAAGGACACGGCGGUGACGAACGCGAACAAGCAGCAGUACGUCCGACUCCUCUGCGAGUUUCACAUGACAAGGCGCACGGAGGAUCAGCUGCUGCGCUUCCUGAAGGGAUUCUAUUCAGUGAUCCCUCGCCGCGAGAUCCAGUGCUUCACGGAAAACGAGCUGGAGCUGGUCAUCAGCGGCAUGCCCAACAUCGACGUCGAGGACCUGCGCACGCACACCCUAUACGAGGGCUACAGCAGCACCUCGCCGCAGGUGCGUUGGUUCUGGGAGGCGGUCGGCUCCAUGAGCAAGGAGGACUUGGCGAACCUGCUUCAGUUUACGACUGGCUCGUCGAAGGUGCCACAUGGAGGCUUCGGCCAUCUCGAGGGAUCGAACGGCCGCUCGCUGCCCUUCACGAUCAGCCGCUGGGCCGUCACCAAGGAGGACCUUCUGCCGCAGGCGCACACAUGCUUCAACAAGAUCGACCUACCCGUCUAUAACUCCGCUGCGGUGCUCAAGGAAAAGCUGAUGCUGGCGAUCACGUACGGUACGAUGGGCUUCACGAUGGUGUAG